AUGGUGGUGUGGCUUCUUUUAGCAGUGUCAUUCCUGCUUGCCGUUGUACUGUGCGUUAAACACAUUCGAAACAAAUAUGCCUUUUGGGCGGAUUUGGGUAUUCCUUACCUACCGGCACGCUUUCCGCUUGGAAACAUUCAGCACACAUCUUAUCUAAUGCAAGAACUCUACCGGGAACUGAAAGGAAAGCAUCCUUUCGGCGGACUGUUCCAAUUCACCGAACCAGUCGCACUGUGUACCGAUCCGGACAUGGUGAGGCUUGUGUUGAUGCGUGACUUUCGUUACUUCUACGAUCGUGGCGGAUAUAGUGAUGGGAAACACGAUCCCCUAUCAGGCCACAUGGUGAACAGUGAAGGUAAACGGUGGUCCGUCUUACGGCGCGCAGCAACUCCAAUCUUUUCCACCGGAAGCUUAAAAUCAUUCUUCCCUGUGAUGUUACAAAUGCUUGAUCAGUUUCGGGAAUAUUUGAACGUCCAACUAGAAGAAGGUGCGAAAGUGGAACUGAAGAGUUUGCUCGGACAACUGAAUACGGAUAUUGCGAUGCGUUUUGUGAUGGGAAUCGAAGGUAACAAUCUAAUCUCACCGGAAAGCGGUCUUUAUGAGGCACUUCUUCGCGAAGCGUUCGUAUUGCCCAAUAUAUGGAAGCAGUUCCUGACCACGUGCCAUCGGUCGGUUGCGAGAAAACUACGCUUGAAAAUGUAUUCUCGUCAAUUUACGCAACUGUUUCAUCAAGUGGUACGAGAAACGAUAAACCAUCGGAAAGAAUUUUCUUACGUUGGUCGCAGAACUGAUCUUAUCGAUCAUCUUCUUAAGAUGCCCGGAUUUGAUGGCAAAACCACACUAACGUUGGCCGAAAUUACUGCUCAAGUGUUUUUCUUUCUGGGAGCUUAUGAAGCGACGAGUAUUACUCUGAUUUACUGUUUGUUCGAGUUGGCCCAAUGUCCCGAUGUACAAGAACGCGCUCGAGCAUGUGUCCUUGAGACGUUAGAAAAACAUGGCGGAAUAACGUAUGAUGCGCUUACUGAUAUGCCCUUUAUCGACCAGUGCCUGAACGAAACUCUCCGAAAGUAUCCGCCCGCCAUUAAUCUAGUACGAGUCGUCACGGAAGAUUAUCCCGUGCCCGAUUCGUCCGGUAUCGUGCUACCCAAAGGACUGAACAUUAUCGUACCGAUGUACGCUAUACAUUACGAUCCGGAGUAUUAUCCUGAGCCGGAACGAUUCGAUCCGGAUCGGUUUGCACCGCAAGCAUGUAAGCAGCGUACGCCAAGCACAUUUCUACCGUUCGGCGUGGGUCCAAAAAGUUGUAUUGCCUACCGUCAGGCGAAGCUUCAGUUACGUCUCAUAUUGGUUGUGCUGUUGAGUAACUACCAGUUUACUAAAUGUACCGAAAUCAGGCUAGGAACACAAUCAAAAGCUCACUCCGUUAUGAAGGUGAAGAGCGAUCUGUGGUUAAAUGUGAAACGAAUCAACAGAACGAACGAUAUUUAA